AUGGCCUUUAUGAUUGCCGUGGUGAUGUGGUUGGAUACUUUUGUCAAUUAUGUGUCUCUACUACUACCAAGGAAGCCCUUCAACACUGCCCCUAACAAGGUCUCUGCUCUGGUUUGGUAUGAUUUUUGCGUUCUAAGGUACUCCAAUGAGAGCGUUUAUGCGACUGUUUUAACAAACAUAUCAUGGCAUGUUCUUAGAGAAAAAAAUAUAUCCCACAUGAAAGAUAUUCAGAAAGGUGAUGAUUUUGUGAGAGGGUUGAUCAAAAAAGCAACAAGGGAAACUAACAAAUUGUUUUAUAUGGAUGUCUUCAAUUUGAGUUCCAUAAAGAGAAGAUAUGGCUUGAUGCAAUGUUCUAGAGAUCUCACAAAUGAAGGGUGCAGACAGUGUUUGGAGAACAUAUUAGCCAAAGUGGCCAAAUGUCGUGAACAGAUAGGAUGGGUGAUUUGA